CAAAGACAAACAAACAUAGGCUCCGAGCGGGGCUCGAACUCAUGACCUCCUGGUCAGCGUGAUUCAUUGCAGUUAAUUGCAUUGGCUUGCUCUCCCGCCUGCGCCACAGCCCGGGCCCAAAUAUUUAAAUUUCUAUUUUUGUUAUUUUUCCAUUGUUCAAUAAGUACACCUGAUGUUGUUCAUUUUAUUGUUUAUGAUUUGAUCAGUCUGUUAUGUUUUCUAAUGUAUGGUUGGCAUUUUGCCAUUAUAUUGUAAACCGCUCUGAGUCCCCCCAGGGGUGAGAAAAGUGGUAUAUAAAUGCAGUAAAUAAAUAAUAAAUAAAUACUAGGCCUGCUCCCUCUCCAAAACACCCCACCCCAAGCCCAGCAGAAAGGAGCUUUGAAGAAGGUGGUUGAGCAUCCUUGGCUCUGCUACCGGAAGUGCUGCUGCCGCCGCCACUGCUACAGCUGCCAGGUGGAGAAGGGUUGUGGUGGCCGUGUUUCUCUGCUGCGGAUGCAGGAAGUCAUCCUCUGGUUGCUGAGUGGGGGAGCUGUUUCCCACACAGAGGGCGGCUGCUUUGCUUUUGCUCCUCCACAAAACCGGUAGAGUUGGAGAGGCGUGGAGGUGGAAGAAAGAAGCAAAGGCCUUUUGGGGCAGGAGGGCCCUUCCAGGAACCCAGAGGAAAUGGCAGCGGAGGAGGCAGAGGAGCAGCAGCGCCGACGAGGUUGGGACCCCGGGAGGAGUUUCCGGCUGGGGGCGGCUGCCAACUUCUUCUCCACACUGGCCACCUUCCCCCUCCACAAGACUAUGUUCCGCCAACAGCUGCACGCCACCUCCAUCCGCGAAGCUGGGCGCCAGCUGCGCCAGGAGGGUCUGCGCCAGUUCUGCCGGGGUCUCCUCCCACCACUCCUGGCUAAGACCCUGCAGGGCACCCUCCUGUUCGGCUCCUACGAGACCUUCCUCCACCUCCUCUUCCCCUCGGGGAGCCACUCCUGGGGGCAACAAGCCACAGCAGGACUACUCUCUGGCCUUUCAGAGGGCUUGGUCCUGGGCCCCUUUGAGAGGGUCCAGAAUGUCCUUCAGGAUGGGCAGAAGGCCCGCCGCUUCCCCACUGCCAGGAGCAUCCUGGAGGAGUUUCGCUCCUAUGGUGGCCUGCGGGAGAGGCUGGCACUGGGCUACUACCGGGGCCUGGGCCUCAUCCUGCUCCGCAACGGCCUGGGCAGCGCCUUGUACUUCUCCGCCAAGGACCCCUUGCGUGACCGGCUCCGCGAGAAAGGCCUCCCCGCCCGGCUGCCCGCCCUCCUCUCUGGAUGCAUCACCGGCACUGCUAUUGGCCUCCUGCUCUAUCCACUGGGCGUCCUCAUCGCCAACAUCCAAGCCCAGGUGGGCAGCGGGGAGGCCCUGGGUCUGCGCGGCGCCCUGCAUGCUGUUUGGAUGGCACGCGGUGGGCGGGCUGCUCUCCUCUACCGGGGGGCGUCCCUCCUGGUCCUGCGUUCGGGUCUCAGCUGGGGCCUCACCACCGCCAUGCACGACUUUUUGCAGGACAUCACAUAGAACCCUUGCGAGGAAGGCCCUGGGGUGCUUUCGGACGAAGGGUAUCCAAACCUUCCCUUCCCUCGAAACAAGAAAGAACUGGGGCUUCUGUCCUUAAGACAUUCAAGAUGAAGGAGCAUCUGCCAAAUGGGGAUAAAGAAUAGUGAACAUGAACCCAAAUAGAGUGGGCAAACUUGGGCCGUCCAGUUGUUUUGGACUUCAACUCCCACCAUUCCGAACAGCCUCAGGCCCUUUCUUUUCCCCCCUCCGCCGCUUAAGCGGCGGAGGGGGGAAAAGAAAGGGCCUGAGGCUGUUCGGAAUGGUGGGAGUUGAAGUCCAAAACAACUGGAAGGUCCAAAAGUGCCCAUGCCUGCACUAAAGAGAGGCUAAGGUUUUGCUUGGGAGAUAUUUGGAUUGCGCAUGGAAGUUAAUCUCACUCCUCCUUUGCCUUUUGUGAUAAACUCAGGUCUACCUACUGGUUUUAUGCAUCUGGAAGUCCAAUUGUACUCAGUAGUCCUCCCUCGUUUGCCUUUAACGCCUUAAUAGCAUGACUUAAUCAAUUCAUCUAAGACUCAUAAUCAUAGGUAUUGCCUCUCCGGUGAAUUCUCUUGCUCUUCUAGCAAACCAUGAUGGAUAAAAAUGGAUUUUCAGAAUUAAAAACUUGAAUUCCA